AUGUGGCGUCAACGAUUUUUAUUUGACAUGCCAUCUCCAAUUGUUACUUCUUCAAAUCUCUUAGAAUUACAUAUUUGGAUGACUCAUUUCACUGAUUUGCUUUAUUUACUUGAUGGACGUUUUAAUCAACUUCAUACAUUUCAUGUUAAUAUCUUGAUCAUUAAAUGCACCAGUUCAACAAUUCAUAGUGGGGAAAAAUUACCUAAUCUAAGAUGUUUUUCGCUAUGUUCUGUGAUGCGUAUACAUUUUUAUGAUGAAUUAAUUGUACCACUUCUACAUCGAAUGUUGAAUUUAGAAAAACUUGAUUUACAACUUGAGCUCGAUCGUAAUAAAGGAUUCAUUAAUGGGAUUGAUUUAAAAGAAAAUAUUAUCAAUUAUAUGCCAAGAUUAAAUAAAUUUACAUUUAAUAUUCGUUUAUUCAAUCGUCUUCCUAAUCAAAUUAAUUUACCUUCAAAUGAAGAUAUUUAA